GCGCACGGGCCUGUCAAAGGGAACUGCUGUUUAUAAAGCGGGCCCGCACCCGAUUCUCCCCUCGUUCUGCAUUCUUGACUUUUCUAUACGCUUUAAAAGACGAGACUGCACGCUAUGGCUACUCCUAAGCUCACGGAAUUACCGCUGCGGCCAGAUGCUGGGGGGACCAUCGGGCGUCCCAUUAAGGUCCGCUGCAACAUUUUCCCUCUAAGGAUGGUGGCAAACACGAUUGCCUACCAGUAUGAUGUGGUCAUGACGCCUGAGAAACAGGCUGACAAAAUUAGUGCUAGCUUGGCGAAAAGAGCUUGGCGCGCUGCCGAGGAACAGUUCCGUGCCGGUGACAAGGCUGCCUUGGUCGUCUAUGACGGCAAAAAAAAUGCCUUCAGCACGGCUAAUCUUGAGCAGCAGAGUGUAAAGGUCGUUGUGAAUGAAGAUGAAGAGGAAUAUUACCCUCCCAUGGAGGAGACUCUGAGUGCCGGUGCUGGUCGGGGUGGCCGUGGAGGAGGAAGGGGAGGAAGGGGAGGAAGGGGAGACUUUCGUGGAGGACGUGGUGGCGGCCGUGGCGGAGCUUCUCAGACGGCACCAACUGUCCGUCCCGUGAGUGUCGGUCCAGCACGGACCAAAACCGUGAAUAUCCGUAUCAAGCAGACCGCCAAGAUAGACUUUCACUCCUUGGCGCUUUUCAUGACCAAGAAGGGACCGGAGACGGACCAUGUUCUGCAUGCAGUCACGGCUUUGAGCAGUGUGCUUCGGCACAUCCCCUGCAUGAGUUUUGUUGCAGUAGGGUCAAAUUUUUACACUCCUGAAGACAGGACCCACAUCUCUGGAGGAUUGGAAAUCUGGCGCGGAUACCAUCAGAGUAUUCGGGCCAUGAUGGCUGGACAUCUUGGGAUCAAUGUAGAUGUCGCUGCCACCGUGUUCCGCAGAGGCGAGGUCCCUUUUUUGGACAUCGUCGCUGAGGUACUAAACGUCAGGGAUGUCGCCGAAUUGACCCGGAUUCCUAUUUUAAGUCUCCGGGCACGCAUGUCCAGUGAAUUCAAAGACGCGGUCGUGGUGACAACGCAUCGCGGGGACCUUAAACAACGAUUCAAAAUAGGCAGCAUUUCAAGACAGAGCGCUGAUGAGUACACUUUUGAUGUGGACGGCAGAAAGAUGUCCAUUGCAGAGUACUUUUUGAAGCAGUACAAUCUUCGUCUUAAAUAUCCUAAACUUCCAGUUGUCGUCAAGAGCAAUGGAAAGAGUGCCUUCCCAAUGGAAUUCCUCAAAAUGGCCCCUUCAGUGCGUUUCAAGAAUAGACUCAACGGGGAUCAGACAUCUCAGAUGAUUCGUGCCACCGUCCAGCGACCCUUGGACAGGGAGAAGCGCAUUGCUUCUGCGGUGACUACUGCGUUGAGAUACAAUAAUAAUCCCUACAUGAAAGCGUUCGGGAUCUCUGUGGACCCGAGCCCCAUGACGAUCAAGGCUCGCGUCCUCCCUGCACCGGACGUGGUCUUUGGGAGGAACCAAAGGGCCAAGGGAACCGAAGGCUCUUGGAGGCUUGGAAAAGCACUCGCCAAGCCAUCCACUAUUGCGAGCUACGGAUUCGUCUUCUUUUCCCGUAUGCAAGACUCGGAGGCAUACCAAGUCAAGAAGCAGCUUAUCAGCACCUUCCAGUCUGUUGGAAUCAUCUUCAAAUCGAACGCUGAAUGUCCGAUCCGGAUUCAGAAUCCGGAACAAUCCCAAAAUGUUAGGAAGGCCCUGCACGCAGUAGCCACAGAGGCGACGGCCGUUUUCAAAUCUCGUUGCCAAAUUAUCUUUUGUAUCAUCCCGCGAGGCAGGAAAAUCGACGGGAACGCUCUCACGUUAUAUGAUGAGAUUAAGCGUAUCACGCUGACCGAGAUGGAUGUCCUCUCGCAGUGUAUGGCUGAUGACAAAGCUCGUCUGGACCGAUUGAACAACAAGUAUGCAGAGAAUGUAGCGCUCAAGGUUAACGUCAAAAUGGGCGGAGCUACCAAUUUUGUUGACAGGCUUCCCCUCUUUGAAGAUAAGCCCACACUUAUUUGUGGUGCUGAUGUGACCCACGCUGCUCCAGGGUCUGGUGCGCCCUCAGUCGCGGCAGUGGUAACAUCUUUGGACAAACAAGCGACGAGAUACCGUACUUUCUUGGCGGCUCAGCCAAGUCGUCUUGAAAUCAUCCAGGACAUGGAAAAAAUCAUGGGCGAUGCAGUUGAAAGUUUCAAAAAAGCCAUUGGAACCUUUCCUCAACGGCUCAUUUUUUUUAGAGAUGGUGUGUCGUCCGGUCAGUUCAAGGAGGUUCGCGAGAAAGAAGUCUCGGCAAUCAAACGGGCCUUGGCGAAUCUGAAACUGGGUGCGGUCCCCGUCACGUUUAUCAUCGUUCAGAAACGCCACCAUAUACGCUUCUUCCCCAACGAUAACAACCAGGAUAAGUCUGGCAACUGCUUGCCUGGUACUACUGUCGAUACCGAUAUUAUGCAUCCGACAGAGUACAAUUUUGUCCUCCAAUCUCAUGCGGGGUUACAAGGGACGUCCCGCCCGACUAUUUAUCACGUUAUUCAUGACGAGAUUAAAAUGUCCUCGAAUGUCUUGCAGCAACUGUGCUUUAACUUGUGUUUCCUCUCGGAACGCGCCACGAGGAGUAUCAACAUGGUUGCGCCCGCCUAUCGCGCCCAUUUGGCUGCUUACUAUGGAAGAAUGUUCUUGGAGGGCGAUUUUGAUACUGCCUCGUCGCGCAGUGGAAAUUCUGAGCCAACCAUUACAUUGCGCAAAGUCAUGCCCCUGAUGGACCAACACACGAUGUACUACAUGUAAAGUGGUUGACAUUUGUCUAUUAUUUCCACUGUGGUACCAUUUCAGCAUAGCAUAAAAUGACGUUUGCUAAUGAUUGCACCUUUUGGACAAUUGCAAAAUGACAUGUGUAAAGGAACAGCCGUAUAGGAGGGGUAGAUGGUGAAUAUCGGCGUUGUGCGGUUCCAAAUUUUGUGUGUGCUUCUUGUUUGCGUACCUGCUUUAUCAAAACCUUUACGUUGUGACAAAAUACAUGCCUUUCACGUUGCGAAA